AUGUCUUUAGAUCACCAAGAUCUGGUACAUUGGAUGGAGAUGCACGAAUUACCGGUUGAUAAGGUUGUUAAUGAAGUUCAAAGGAGCUCUCGCUAUAAUAUUGGCCCUACUACCACGAAUCCGGUUUACUUUCAAAUUGUAGAAAGCAGCUGUCAUAAGGGAAUGUUAGAGUAUAUGAAAUGGGGAUUCUUGAAAGGAUAUUCCACUUUCAAUGCUAAGUGGGAAACUCUGAGCACUAGCCAACUUUGGAAAUCUAGUAUUAACCAAUUGCGAUGUGUUGUCCCAAUUCAGGGUUACUAUGAAUGGAAGGACAAGAUUCCCUAUUAUGUAUCCCACAAAACAGAAAAUAAUCGAUGCUACGCUAUAGUGACGAAAGAUGCCGACUCUAAGGAACUAGCCAAUUUACACAAGCGAAUGCCUUUAAUGUUGGAGAAGGAAGAUAUUAGUUCAUGGUUAGAUCCGAAGAUACCUUUUACUCAUCUAGAAAUUAAGCCGUUCGAUUCUAACCAUUUGAAUAUUUACAGGGUUUCAACCAGAGUUGGAAAUGUCAAGAAUGAGGGCAGUGAUCUGAUAAAUAAAGUGAGAGAUAUUACUUAUUUUACUAAAAAAAUUGCGAUGUCAGCCAACGGAUCACAGUCAUCAAGUUUCAAACGGUCGGCUCCUGAGAGUAUAACUGAAGAGGAACCGGAUAAGAAGAUGAAAAAAUAG